AAGGCUUAUCAAUCAUCAAAUACAGUGCAAAAGCGACACCGUUUUGCCUCAACCCUGUUACCCUUCCGUGCUAAGCCCUUUCUUCCCUGCUUCGCUUUCGUGCCUUUAUUUUGUGAGACUCGACUCGUCCCAAGGGUAGAAGAAGAAGAAGUGAAAGGGUAAAGCAAAGUUUAGCGUGUAUUUGCUCUAAACAUGGACGAGGAUCAAGAAAUGGAACGAUUCGGAAUGGAGAAUGAUUACGAAGGUGGGCAAUGGAUCGGUGGUGAGUUCUACUACCGGAAACGCAAAGAAAAACGCACCCAGACCAAGGACGAUGUUUUGUACGGUGUUUUUGCGGAUUCCGAUGACGACGAAGACAAUGAUUAUUCUAGCAGAAAACGGAGAAAGGACCGCGAUUUUUCGAAGAAGCAGGACCUUACUAAACCUGUGAAUUUUGUGUCUACGGGCACUUUUAUGCCCAAUCAAGAAAUUGUUGAUAAUAAGGCCAAAGAGCAUGAUGAGAAGGAUGGCUAUGGUAGUGAUGAUAGGCCAGGGUUAGGGUUAGGGUUAGGGCUUGGUGCGGGGUCUGCUAGUACUUCAGGCGCUGGUUUAGGGUUUAAUUCUGGUAAGGUUGCUAAUGGUUCUGAUAGAAAUGAUGAUUCUGAGGAGAAUGACGAUGGUGGCGAUGAUAAUUUUUUGCCUACAGCAUUUGGGAAGAAGCUUAAGGAGGGGGCAAUGAGGAGGGAGAGAGAGAGGUUGGAGAAGAAGAGGGGGCAGCGACAGAAUUUAGGUCAAGAUGGGUUUGGUGAUGUUGGGAAGUUUGAGAAGCAUACGAAGGGGAUUGGGCUGAAGCUGUUGGAGAAGAUGGGUUAUAAAGGGGGUGGGCUUGGGAAGAAUGAGCAAGGUAUUGUGGCUCCCAUUGAAGCAAAAUUGAGAGCAAAGAAUUCUGGUAUUGGGUUUAAUGACUCUAAGGAGGCUGUGCCGUUGCCCGCUUUGCAGCAAGAGAAGAAGAGCGUACCGGGAGUCACACAAACUACAGUCAGUAGAACGAAGGAAAGGUUGUGGUCGAAGCAGACGAGGCUGAAGAAGAAGAAAGAGGAGGAAGAGUAUGUAACUGCAGAAGAGUUGUUGGCGAGCAAGCAAGAACAAGAGCUGGAGGUUGUUCAGAAGGUUUAUGAUAUGAGGGGGCCGCAGGUUCGGGUGUUGACAAAUUUGUCUGAUUUGAAUGCAGAGGAGAAAGCAAAAGAAAAUGAUGUCCCAAUGCCGGAACUUCAGCAUAAUGUAGCGUUAAUAGUUCGGUUGGCUGAGGCUGACAUCCAAGAGAUUGAUAGAGAUUUGAGAAGAGAGAGGGAGACGGCGCUUAGCUUGAAAAAGGAAAAAGAGAAGUUAGAAACUGAGGCAGCGUUUCAAAAGAAGCAGCUGGAUUAUUUGGAGGAAAUAAUGAGGGUGUUGGAGCGAGUCGGAGAAGAUAACACUUUAGGAACAUUGACAUUGGAUUCACUUGCUCAAUGCUUUAGGGACUUGCACACAAGAUAUGCUGAUAACUACAAGUUGUGUAAUUUAUCGUGCAUUGCUUGCUCAUAUGCUCUGCCUUUGUUUAUCAGAGUGUUCCAAGGAUGGGAUCCUCUUCGAAAUCCAUCUCAUGGGUUGGAGUUGGUAUCACAGUGGAAGGUGUUGCUUGAAGGAGAAGAUUCUGUCGAUAUAUGGGAUAUAUCAUCACCUUAUUCUCAAUUGGUUUCGGAGGUUGUAUUGCCAGCUGUCAGAAUAUCUGGUAUCAAUACCUGGCAAGCACGGGAUCCUGAACCAAUGUUGCGGUUUCUGGAAUCAUGGGAAAAGUUACUUCCUCCUUCAGUCCUUGCUACCGUAUUAGACAAUAUAGUCAUGCCAAAACUGUCAAGUGCUGUAGAUACUUGGGAACCACAUCGUGAGACCAUUCCUAUUCACACUUGGGUGCAUCCAUGGCUGCCUCUGCUGGGACACAAGUUGGAGGGUAUUUAUCAGGUGAUUCGUUUCAAGUUGAGUACUGUUCUUGGUGCCUGGCACCCAAGUGAUGGUUCUGCUUAUGCUAUAUUGUCUCCUUGGAAGACUGUAUUUGAUUCUGCAAGUUGGGAACAACUUAUGCUUCGUUUUAUUGUACCAAAGUUGCAGCUUGUCUUGCAAGAGUUCCAAGUGAACCCGGCAAGUCAGAAUCUUGAUCAAUUUUACUGGGUAAUGAACUGGGCUUCUGUCAUUCCUAUUCAUCUGAUGGUUGAUAUGAUGGAGAAAGUCUUCUUUGCCAAAUGGCUUCAGGUUUUGUAUCAUUGGUUGUGCUCAAAUCCUAACUUUGAAGAAGUUACAAAAUGGUAUUUGGGAUGGAAAGACCUUAUUCCAAAAGAACUUUUGGCAAAUGAAAGUAUUCGAUACCAGCUUAAUCGUGGUCUUGAUAUGAUGAACCAGGCUGUUGAAGGUAUGGAGGUGGUCCAACCUGGUUUAAAGGAGAAUAUCAGCUAUCUUAGGGUACUUGAGCAAAGGCAAUUCGAGGCUCAGCAGAAAGCAGCUGCCUAUGCUCAACAGCAAGCUGCUGCAAGCGUGGGUGGUGCAGUCAACGCUGAUGGUGUGCAUGAGUUGAGCUUGAAAGAAGUCAUUGAAGCCCAUGCUCAGCAACAUGGUUUACUAUUCAAGCUUAAGCCUGGUAGAAUGCACAAUGGUCAUCAAAUAUAUGGGUUUGGUAAUGUCAGCAUAAUAAUAGACUCUCAACAUCAAAAGGUAUAUGCCCAAAAUGAAGAAACAUGGUCUUUGGAAUCCCUUCAAGGCUUGCUAGAGUUGCAUAAUAAAUCCCUUACUAAAAGACGCUGAAUUCUGCAUUGGCCAAUGUGAAGUAACAUCUCAUUUCUCAGGGGAUUUUCAUGGCUUUCUUAAGUUGAGCUUCAUGGCUGUGUCACAAUCAGGAAAAUGAGAGUUUUGCAAGAGGUAGCCACAUAUUUCAAAGCCAAUAUGUUGUUUUUACCACUUCGAAGUUCACGUCCUGUGCAGGAAAGAAAAUUAGGAAAUCUGAGAGUUGAUUUCUUUAUGUGUUUGACCAAGCUGUAUUUAAAACGUUCCAGUCCUCCUUUGUCCCUCAAAAAAAAUGAAAAAACUAUUUAUCAUCUAGUUUUUGGUACAAAAAGAAAUCUAUUUCAAAUUUUUGGUAAACGACAUAAAUGUGUUGAAAUUGCUAGGUUUUUAACAACAAUUCUGUAGAAUAGUGGUCAAUUCUUACUACAAAAGCAUUGGUCAAAUUAUUUAUGAAUUGGUACUGAUAUUAGAGAAAGUAUGGCUGGACUUGUACGUUUAUGACCCAAAGAUUACAGGUUGAAGUUGUGGAAUCAACCCUUUGCAAAAUGCAAGGCUGCCUACCUACUGUAAACCCAUUUUUGUGGUCCUGGAACCCCUCCCCCCUUUCUCUCUCCCCCGAAUAGCGGGAGCUAUAUAACACCAGGUUUUCUUUUUAAUUAUUCAGUGAUUAUAGAGUGGCCCUGCUAAGCAUAGUCAUGCUGUGGAGUUGGGUAUUCUUUGGUUCAAGUAUGUAUUACCUCCAUUCCUAUUUAUCUGUCUUGAGUGAGAAGAAAUUAGGCUCUUCAUUAAUCGGUUUCUUUUUAACUCUUAGACUGUUUAAACAAUAUAUAUAUAUUUUAUAUGAUCAUACGGAUAUUAGUGGAAGAAUAAUAAUUGAUGAUGUCUUAAUUUUUUAUAUGGACAGAUGAAUAGAAAUAAGGGUAGAAUUUAUUGUUUCCUUUUUGUUUUGCGGGUCUGACCCAUUUUUCCAUUUUUAAAAAGGAAGAAAAUGCACUUCAGGGUUCAUGAAUUGAGGUCUACAAGUCUUUAGAGGUCAGUUGUUUAACUUCAAGAAUCACAUUUUAGAAAAGCGAACUUGUUUUGCCUUUUUUUUUAUAUAUAUAAUGAGAUUUGCCUUUUUUAAUACUAUACACACUUGUUUUCUUUCAGUUUUUUUUUUUGCUUCCGGUCAACAGCACGUUCAGAUUUUUAAACGCAUGACACCAUUGUGCUAUGGUUUUAGGUCAAUAACAAAAUAAUUUUGCGUAUUUUAUCGCUUGUUUGGAUCUCCAUUGAGAUCUCCGUCGAAAAAAAAAUCCUUAAAGCUUCGUUAAUAGCGCAUUUUUCUUUUGGUCAACAGCACGUUCAGUUUUAUUUUUUGCUUCCAAUUUUCAUGUUACUCUUGAGGUUUUAAUCUUAAGUAUCACAUCAUUUCCAAACCCAGCCAUUCUUCUCCUUUAACCCGAAAUUCAGAUCCUACUUACUGCCAUUAAGUACAAUCUAGUCUUGAGUAUCACACCGGAUGGUAUGUUAUCAUUCAAUAAUUGUUACUGUGCACAGACAUGCCCCUAAAAUUCAUGUCGUUAUUCAUUAGCAAUUGGGUCAUCGUUUGUUAGUGUGAGAGCAAUUAUGCACAAUACUAUGAUGUUGUUUGUAAACAAUUGAGCAGCCAUUACUUGUGCUUAUGCCAUCAUGUUUCCCCAACCUUUUCUCAACUCUCAUUUGUAGGCAAUGCAGUUGAGCAACCUUGCCUCAAGCCCCUUAGCUUGAAAUAUAUUAAUGUUGCCAAAUGCCAAUCGAUAUCAAGUAUCCAAUUGUGAGUGUGAUUGAAUCAAGAAUCUCAUUUAACAAUAUAAAGC